AUGUCGGGGUCCCUCAACGUAAUUGCUCUCAUUUCAGGCGGCAAAGACUCUUUCUACUCCAUCCUCCACUGCCUUCAUCAUGGCCACCGACUUGUGGCUCUUGCUAAUCUGCAUCCCCCACUCAAUUAUGCCGAACAGGAUAUGGAAAGCAUGAUGUACCAGACCAUCGGUCACAAUGUCAUUGGCCAAUACGAGGCUGCUAUAGGCCGACCGUUAUACAGGCAAGCAAUUACCGGCACUGCCAGUUGCACAGAUCAAGACUACUCGCCCUGCAGCAACGACGAGACGGAGGAUCUGAGGGCGCUACUACAGCGCGUUUUGGCAGCGCACCCUGAAGCCAACGCUGUCUCUUCUGGUGCCAUUCUCUCUACAUAUCAGCGUACUCGAGUCGAAUCCGUCGCAGUCAGACUGGGUCUCACUCCACUCUCUUAUUUAUGGCAGUAUCCUUUCCUUCCUCCUCCGCUUGAAAGGAUCGAUUCAGUCAGCGGACUUCUGGACGAUAUGGCUGCAGCUGGUUGCCAUGCCAGGCUGAUAAAGGUAUCCUCGGGUGGCAUUGACGCUUCUUUGAUCGGUCAAGAUCUUGCUGAAUCCCGCACCGUUGCUAGGAUCAUUAAUGGCGCUAGGCGCUUUGUAGCUCGCAAUCAGCACGAAUUGCGAGCUGCUAUCAUUGGUGAGGGAGGUGAGUACGAAAGUAUCGCUGUCGAUGGCCCAUUCCCACUCUGGAAAUGUUAUCUAUCCGUGCAGGCAAACGACUUCCAGGCAAUCAAUGGCCAGGGAGGAGCGGUUCACGGUAGCAUACCAAUCCCCACCCUUUCGGAGAAAGAUGCCCAGCUGCCAACGCAACUGCGAGUCCCCGUCCUACUGGACAGCCAGUUUCUCGCUGUCAAGAGCAGCAUGGCGGUUCAACAAGCGGGAGCUUCGGCCCUGUAUCCGAUCAUAGCCAACACUCGACCGGGUCAUCUGCCCACGGAGGCUGCGAUGAUCAGCAUACCUAUGGACAUGACCGGCACUGAACAUCAUGUCGCAAUCGGUAACAUAACCGGUGGCCAGCUCCUCAUCGUCGGAGAACCCGAUGACCCGACACAAAAGACUAUUGAGGUGUUCGGAGAUCUCGAGGACCAGAUGCUUUGGCUUGCAGAACAUGUCAAACAAUCCUUCCGCGUUUUGUCUGCUCUCUAUCAGAAGCAGCCUGGCCAAGAAUUUGACGCGUCGGAUGUUGUGUCCUCGACAUUACUAUUGGCUUCAAUGGCCGACUUCGCCAUAGUCAACAAGCACUAUCAGGCCAUCUUCAACAAGACCAAUCCACCAGCUCGUGUGACCAUCGCAACAAAUCUACCUCCCAGUGUCAAGGUGAGUCUCAGCAUCCUCAUCGACUUGCGACCACGUCAAACUCGUCGCGGUUUGCACGUGCAGAGCCGAAGCUAUUGGGCGCCCGCCAACAUUGGUCCCUACAGCCAGGCGAUUGCGGCACCACUCUGUACCCCUCAACCGCAUCGGCCGAACAUUGAUUUCGACGACGAGCCGGAGCUGGUACAUAUGGCUGGCCAGAUACCGUUGAUUCCCAACUCAAUGGAAAUGCUAUCUGGUUCCUUCAUCGAGCAAGCGGUCCUGAGCUUGCAGCAUCUUUGGCGAGUUGGCCAAGAGCGCAAGGUUGACCUCUGGACUUGGGGGGUGGCUUUUGUGUCCGCGCAUCCAGAUACACCCAAUCGAGCAUUGACCGCGAUCGAUGUCUGGCAGAAGGCUCAUUUAGUGCCGACGCGACCGCUCAGCGACGAGGACGAGCAGGACCUAGACCCUUGGGAUAGACAGAACAAUCUCCAGGCAGCAUCACAGCACAGUGCUGUGAUGGCUGGCGAAGGGGAUCACAUACAUGUUCUACCUAAUCUCACUUGUUUCAAGAAGGACGAAGCCGGACAACUGGCACCGCCCUGCGUUGUUGCUGAGGUGGCCGAGCUGCCGCGCAGCGCACCCAUCGAAUGGUGGAGUACUGGACUGGGAAAUCUGCCCAGGUCCUCACCUCGGAUUGCAGCUGGUAGUGUAUGCUGCCCGGAAAUCGCUACAAACAUUAUGGAAGUGCGAUCUCUCAAGUGGAUGGGCAAAGGUGAUGGUACAGGUACCAUCGACAACGAUGGAGCAAACUUCUUCACGCUAGCGGUAUUCUCUACGUCCGAGAUGAUUCCACAGCGACUCCACGAGUGGAUGAACAGGAUUCUUGAGCCAGAAUAUGCAGAUGGCAAUCCCAAGCGACGAGUUGUGCAAGGCCAUUGUCUCGUGGCGGCAGGCGCAGAUGGCUCCAACGUCUACAAGGAGAUUGAAAGUCAGGACUGGAUGAAAGGAGUCGCUGUUGUUCCUUGCCGUCGCCUCUUCGUUGAUGACGUCGAGGGUCGCAAGAAUAGCGAGGCAGAGGGUGCUCACGAGGCAGUGUUGGUGUUUCUGUUGAGAACAGAGCAUGUGGAGCCAAAGGCACUGGAGAAGUUGCACGGGAGGCGAACUUGGUGGGACAAGAAAGCGCACUCCCAGAGGGUGCAUAAGGCGAUGCUACGCGAGACCAAGGCUGCGGUGGCCGAAAGACGAUCCGGAGACAUUCUGCUGGAAGAGUGA